AUGGAAGCUCUCGGACUGCGGGGUCAUUUAAGCUGGUCAGACGAGAAGCUACUCCCGAGCCUACCGUCAACUACCCAGCAGACGUGUUACGUCAAGCCUGUGAUGGAUCUUCUAUCCGUAGCAGCAAGUAUAGCAGGUCUCGUAAGCAUCGCAUUAGGAUUCUCUCGCACUCUUCGCUCCUCCUACAAAGCUGUGAAAGACACAACCAAGGACACACAAGAGGAGCAUCAGCUAGAAGUCGGAGGUCUUCGUCCUCCUGCACCAAUCAGACCUACGCCUGUUGAGGUCUCAUUGUUUACUGAGAGUCCCAAUUACAAAUUCUUUCCGUCUCCAUCGAAGACCGGACAGACCAUCAGCGAAUGGAGCAGUGAAUAUCUUGCCACGACCCGUGACGAAGCAAUUUUUUUAGCAUUUCUGUCUCUUUAUGGACCGAAUGGGGUGCCUUUGCGCGAGUUAAUUAUGCUCGCUACACUGAGAGCUUCUUUCGAACUGUCGGGGAAUCACUGGCUGCUGAGUGGUGAGAUCGGUCCAAUUCUUCGGGCUGUCGGCGAUGCAAGCUUACCUACGGAUUGUUCCUUCCUGAAUGCUUUCGUGCGCGAGACUUCUGACUCAUUCGGUAUUGAUGCCCUGCAAGAACGACUUGUGUCAAUGCGUCUUCUUGUCGUUGAACCUGCAACAGGAAGAUCAUCUUCACUCGUGAAUGGUGCACUGACGAGCGAAUCUGGCGCACUUCUAGCAACGUGA